UACACAUGUAGAGAGAGAGAGACAGCGUAUGGAGUAAGAAUGCUUUCCUUCAGAUCCACCUGUUAUUUCUUCUCUUUCUUCACAGCCGGCUUCACCGUCUUCGAUCAGACGUGCGCUGUCUCACUUCUCAAGUUGGACGUCGACAAUCGCAGUCGCGGGAGAGAGAGCAUACCGCCGCGAGUAAGUAGCCACGCUGCCGUAAGAUCUAGGGUUCCAGGUUUUGACAGCUUCAAGGAAACCAUGAAACAAGAAAAAUUGCAGUAGCUAAAAUGUAAAUAGAAUUCUAAUUGCUCUCUGGAUAGGAUCCUCACUGACUGGCCAUGGACACCUCUUUGCAGCUUCAAGUUUAGAGGGCCAAAGCUAAGGAAGUCAUUGCUUCUUCUGAACGUUGUGGUGGCUCACAAAUUUUUUACCAAUGCCAAUGAUAAGGGCUCAUUUACUCGAAGUAAGCUUUUCUUGAAGUCUUUUCUUCACAAUUAUUAAAAUUUGAUGUAAUAUGUAAGCUUUUCCUGAAGAUUGAAGGUGGAUCAUUGGAUUCAAAGAGAAUUCAAUUUGAUGAAACUUUAAGGUAGUAUUUAAGCUUCUACCCUAGGCUGGCUGGAUCGUGGCGGCACGGAGGGGCUUUGCCCGCAAAUUGCAGCUAGAGUGCAUCAGUUCGUGCAAUAGAUAUAUCAAAAUAGCUGCUCCAAUGCUCCUUCCAUUAGAACUCGGAAGAGCUUCAAGCAUUGCAAAUUUUUUGGCCGUGUAAGUAUUUUAGAUCUGAGAUAUUGUGCAGAAAAAAAUUCGGCUAAAGCAUGGGUGUACGGUAUAUAGACAAGCAUGGGUAAAAAAUCUUUAUUUCAAUAUCUCACUUUCUUCAUCUCCAUUUAAUGUUUUUUUGGGUGUACAUAUAUUUCAUUUCAUGAUUAGCAUAUUUACCUUCUUAUUUUUGCCAUUUUCAAAUUGAACAAAGUAUGGGAUGUGUUGUUUGUACAAAAGAUGCAAACUUUAAACUCUUGGUAAUGUGUUUGAUCAUUAUUAGAAUUAUUUGAUUUGGCCGGUAUUGAUUUGUUCCAUUUUGUUCCCUUCCUUUUGUGGGAGCCGAAGGAGUGAUGGGUAGCAGUUCUCAUACUAAUUCAGAACGACAGAGCGGGCUUUCCGUUGAAGAGAAUGGUUUGUUUUGUUGUCCUCCCUUUUUCUUUGUGUUUUUAAAAAUGUAAGGACAAACAAACGACAAGAACUGCAUUUGAUGCUACUUCUAAUGGAAUGAGCAUAGGGCAAAAUACUCCACCAAAAAUGGAAUCUCGAGGGAGAAAUAGUCAUCAUUUGAAUCUAUUUUUCAUGUUAAAAUCCAUGAUUAUCAAGUAAAGUACAGCUAGAUGAGUGUGCUGAUUAAAAACUUAUUGUUUGUGAACACGAGAAGAAGAGAAGACAUCUAUGUUCAAUAGAUAUUGAUUCAUUGAGAUUGGAACCAGAAAAUAUGGCUCGGGUUGUUCUAGGAAGAAUACUAAAUGUGGAGUUUAUCCCUACGGCAGAGAUGAGAAUGGUUGUUGCAGGAAAUAAGAUUGGAAAUAUUGGUUUCUGGAACGCGGAUGCCAAAUAGGAUGGAGAUGGGAUUUAUUUGUACCAGCCUCAUUCCAGUCCAGUAUCAGGAAUAUUAAUUGAUUCAUUUUCACAGUCAAAGGUUUGACACGCACACAACUGAAUCCAUUGUUAUUUGCAAUUUACUGCUUGCGAUUUGCAUUAUCAAAGUUUGACCUUUCUUUAUGCCAUUGCAUAGUAUUUACCUUUUUGAGUAAACCAUUUGGUUAAUGGCCAAAUCUGGGCUUCUCAAAACCAUAGAUAAGUUUUAAUCCUUCGCAUAGUUUGAACCUCACCUUAUUAUAACUAAGAAUUUCAGGUGUGUGCCUUGAAGUGGUCUCUUUAUGAGAGAGGAAUUGCAUUGGGUGGCAACGAAGAUCAGGAACAUUUACUUAUUGUGGCACGAUUCCAUUAAGCACUAAUGGGCUACAAAUUGUACUUGGUGUUCUCCUGAAGUCAUUGUCACCUGCAUCUGAAACAAUCGUUCACUUCCCGUCCAGAAUUUCUGAGUUUUGGUUUGUUGGGGCAAUGGUCAUUAUAUCAAAAGAGCCGGGUUGAUCAUUUCCUUCUAGAUGAUGUUUGGCAAGAAUUUGAGAAUUAUAAUUGUCUUCAAUUAGGCCACCACUUCACUGAGGCCACCACUUCACUGCAGAUCGCAGAGCGAAUUGUGAAUCUUUGUUCCAUAUUACAUGAGUAUUGCUUCUACCUCCUCUGGUGCAACUUUCAUUUUCUAAUUAUUCCAAUCUAUGGUGGUGCUGCAUCACUCACAUGGACUGGGCUCUUACUUUGGAAGCUAGCAAUUGGCAUUCUUCAAGCGUCUUUGUUAAUACUCUGUUGAAAUUUUUUCUUCUUAAUGAUUUUUUUUUAAUAUUUAGUGAUGUGGGUUAAACAAAUCAUACAAAAGGUUGGUGGGGUUUUUGUUCAGUACCUAGGAUUUGAUAAAGCAAACUAUUGGAGUUGGAAUGGCGUCAACUGAGAUUCUUCACAAAUUUGGGUGUAGUCGCGCAUAGUCUUUUUUAGAAUAUUAUUAGAUUUUCUCCGUAAUUUUUACCCUUGCUAAUAUUGCUUGGCAUUAGGUUUUCGUUUCGGCGAGCGCUGUUAUCCACCACCGCGGCACCGCAUCGUGGAUAUCUGUGACAGAAAAAAUGACAACAGAGAGAGUUGUUUUAAUUUCAGUGCUUGAAAGAGAGAAAACCCGCUUUGGUCUCAAAAUUGAGUUUUAUGCUUUUGAUGAAGGCUUAUUCCGACCGUAUAACAAGUCAGGUGAUGACAGCUUAGCUUUGGUUUCUGGGACUGAUGCUGGCCCAACGCCUUUGGUUGCAAAGCAUAUUAGCCUUCUUGAUCAUUGCCACAAUGGUGCAUCCCUUAUGGCCCACAAGUCUCGUGUGUAUCUAGCUGGGGGAUACAACUCUCAUUGUAACCCAUGUAAGGAUGCUUAUCGCAGUGAUGAUAAUGAUAAUGGUUAUGAUGUUGUUGCUAUGAUAGGUUGGGGCGAGAGAUGUGUGUUUUGUUUGGAUACCACUAAGGGAAGUGAGUGGACUACGUUGCCUUCAAUGACAUAUGGACGAUGGUCACCUCACCUUCAUGUCAUCGAUGGUGUUCUUUACGCUGUGGGUGGUAUGAGAAAUGAAGGAGCAAAAUUUAUGGAGAUGCUUCCUGAAGCCGCAGAAGAAUGGGUUACGCUUCCUAAUCCUCCUAGUCAUAUCAAGUUGGAUUUCAAAAACUUUUCGUCCAUUGCAGUUGUAGGAGAUGAUGGAGAUUCCCAUAUAUUAUUCGGUUCGUGGCCGGAUCGGUUCUACACAUAUACACCAAAAUCCAAAUCUUGGGUUGCUGUGGAGCCUUUGUCUUCAUCAGGCAUCUCUGGGAUGCCACUUCAUGUUCUGUGGGGGCAGGGUUUUAUGUUGGACAAAGCUCAUUUUGUCCAUCUUGGCAACAAUCUUGUGCUUCCCACCUACAGUUUAGUGUGCUACAAUGUACAACAAGGUUGUCAGUAUCCUCUGGUGGAUUUAGUGAGGGAGGAAUUGCUUCCUUUAUCCCUACCGUUUGCUCUUCUCGAAUUGGUUGAUGUUGGGGGUGGUGAACUCGCUCUUUUGUAUGCCGAUUAUGAUGACUAUGGAACACACUCUUGUGGCUAUUAUUGCUGUAGGUUUACUGUUAACUUAGACAGGGCGAGUGCUGGACUCGAUUGUUGUUCUGUGAUUUCCACCAGAAGAUGUAUUGCUCCCAAGUCGACAUUCAGUGGCGCUCUUGCUCUGGAUAUACCUGCUCAUUUCCCAAAGGGUAAGCACUACAACGAGCGCCAUUUUGUUUCCACGCCAAAGCAAGUUCUUGAAGCAAGAGACAGAGUGGGCACAUCAUCAGAGAGGACUGGGUUUGUUAUAAAAGCAGAGGGGACUGGGUUUGUUUUAGAACUCUUUUGAAACCUGCAAGUAAUCCAACCUACUGGGGAAGAGAGAGAGUCAGAGCAGAGGAACUCUUGGUAACACUUUCUUCAUACCUGCAACAAUGUGUGACUGUUGCAGAUUAAUGUUUAUGAAUAUAAUAAUCUCUUCUAUGUAUAUGAUGAAGAUUUCAUAUACUCUGUCUCUUUUUGCUGUAACUUUCUUCCUUGUUGAAAACAGUCAAUUAUGCUCUUCUGCCUAUCUCAGGGGGGAAAUAUUAUGGGUGGACUUAGGCCUUGUUUGGGAACAACGUUUUCGAUUAGCGUUAGCGUUUUGGAUAAAACGUUUACACUAUGUUUGGUUCAAGGAUUUUGAAGGAAAAGAAAAAAACGAUUUUCUCUCAUUUUCCUCACCAAAAUGGGAGGAAUUUGGUUUUCCCUCCAUUUAGUACAUUUGUCUUCUCAUUUUCUUUUCCUUCCACUUUUCCUCUCCAACCAAACAUGAAAAACAGUUUUCCACUCCAUUUUCUUUUCUUUUCCCAUUCAAAUUCCUUGAACCAAACAUUGUGUUAAU